AUGGAUGUCGAUAUUGUCGCCUCGCACUUGGUCCCAAUUGCUCCCGCGCCGGCUCGGACACCCUUCAUCGCUGUCCAAGGUAGCCUCGAAUUGACCACAAUGCGCUUCAACUGCCAAGCUUGCGUGCGAAAGAAAACCAAAUGCAAUAAGAAGGUGCCAGCAUGUUCGAGCUGCAGCAAAGCAAAGCUUCAGUGCGUCUACCAGGCUCCCCCGUCGCGAAAGAGACAGAGACAGCAAAGUCAGUUCGAAGACGUACAUGAGCGAUUAGCGCGGUACGAGCGCAUCUUGCACGAUAACAAUCUUCUCCAUACAUCCUCUGCAUCGACCCCAUCCGACCAGAAGACGGAGGCAUCAGUGGUCAGCGCACGGAACCCAACCCCAACUCUGGACUCACAACCCGCCAACUCGGGUAAACUUCUGUCCGCCGAUGGCAAGUCUCGCUAUAUUGACAGUGUUCUCCUUGAUGCUGGAGAGGGCGACCUAUGUGAAGUAUCCGAUUCCGACCAGGAUGACAGCCAUCACGAGGAUACCAGAGCUGAUGAGAGCACCCCGACGGGUCUUCUGGGCAUCCUCGCAGCACACACCAUCUCUGGGGCCAUACUCGGAAGCACGCAGAGCAUCACCGGGCUACAACCUAGCUAUGAGGAGGCGACCAAGCUCUGGAAUGCGUACGUGCAAAACGUAGAAUCUCUGUGCAAGGUUCUUCAUAUUCCGACUGUCGCAAAAAUGGUCGAUACGGUUUCAAAACAACCCUCCGUGGCCUCGAAGAGCGACGAAUGCCUGCUUUUUGUCAUAUACUAUUUCGCUGUGUUCUCCAUGUCGCACACUGACUGUUUACAAGAGUUCAACCAACCGAGGAACGAUUUGAUGUCAAAAUAUCGGACUGCUGUACACCAGGCACUUAUUAAUGCGUCGUGGCUGAAAACGACAUCAAUGCCGGUAUUACAGGCUUAUACACUAUUCCUCAUUGCCAUGCGCACUCAAAUGGAUUCUGACACGUUUUGGAUUUUGACCGGUAUUGCAAUUCGCCUCGCACAACGCAUGGGGCUCCACCGUGAUGGUGAAAACCUCGGAUUGCCACCCUUUGAGGUUCAGAUGCGACGACGACUUUUUUGGCAGCUACUUCCGCUGGACAGCUAUGCGGGUCAGGUUUCCGGCACUGGUAUCGUUCUAUCGCCGAAUAGCUGGGAUACUAAGCAACCCUUGAAUAUCAACGAUGAUCAGAUUUUCCCUGGUAUGACAGAGCCGCCCCUCGAACAGAGAAGCGCCACAGAAAUGAUUUUUUGCUUGUCUCGGAUGGAACUUUCCAAUUUCUAUACUCGAACCGGAGUCAAAUUGAAAGAAAUGGGUGCCACAAUUGAAUUUAAGGAUGCAGAGGAUGUCGAAAGGCUUAUUGACGAGGUCGAAGAUCUCAUCGAGACUAAGUUUCUUCGAUACUGCGAUAUCCUGAAUCCCUUGCACUUUUUUGCGACUGGAAUCGCACGAUCUGCGACCAAUGCUGUUCGACUGCGGGCUCGAAUGCCGCUGCUGAUGACGCAAACCAUUACAGAUACGCAAAGGAGAGAUAUUUGUGCGCUCGCAGCAAGGAUCCUCGAUACAACCAGCGCUAUCUACAGCAACCCCAGCAUGCGGAAGUAUCGAUGGCAAAUGCAAGCCUUCUUCCUGUGGGAUGCCCUUCUCUGCAUUCUACAUAGUAUCGCAGAUAUCGGAUUCUACUCAAGCUCUGAGCUUAAUAGUUCUUGGAACAAGGUUGCAGAUGUCUAUUCAAAUCACGAAGAACUUGUCAAGGGCAAAAGAACCCUAUACGUCACAAUUGGUAAGCUAACCCUCAAGGCUUGGCUUGCGAAUCCCCCAAGUCUGUCGUCCCCAGAGCCGGCUUUCAUAACCGCGCUGUAUGCCCAACAAGAACCGAAAGAGCGCAGGCAUGGGCAGCAGGAGAGCAUGGAAGAAGGAGGAGGAACCACCAAGCUUGUGCGUCCAGACGGUGCAUGUGAUUUUGAUGAAGCUUUUGGCAACAUUGAUGGGACAGGCCUAGAUUUAAAUGGCGGGUUUGACCCUUCAGACUGGGUCUUUUGGGAUCAGCUGUGUUGA